UGCCCAGGCUGGUGGUGGGUGUGCUCACCCCUGGGGCCCUGGUCUCCACCCCCAGGCAGCCUGGCGCCAGGCGGGGGCAAGGGGCUUCCUGGUGGGGGAGGGGCCGUGGUGACGCUGCCGACAACCCGCCAGCAGGGCCUGGACAUCGCGAGCCCUCCCCCGGGGGUGUGGCCUGGCCACCCCAUAAAGGCCACCAGCAAAGCGCUUGUAGGGAGCAGGCGGCCCGGGGAGGGGCUGCCGGGGCGGCUGGGGCCGGUGCGUGUCCCAGUGUCCCCGCCGCCAGUCACGGCCAUGUGUGCACGGGAGAGGCGGGCCCCGCCGCCCCUGACCCCGCCGUGGACGCUGUCCGCCCUGCUGCUGGCUCUGGCGGCGCCCUGGGCGGCGGGCACGGGCGCGCUCACCUACCCGUGGCGGGACGUGGAGACGCGGGAGUGGCUGGUGUGCAGCCAGUGUCCCCCCGGCACCUUCGUGCAGCAGCCGUGCCGUCGGGACAGCCCCACGACCUGCGGCGCGUGCCCCCCGCGCCACUACACGCAGUUCUGGAACUACCUGGAGCGCUGCCGCUACUGCAACGUCAUCUGCGGGGAGCGCGAGGAGGAGGCGCGGCCCUGCGAGCCCACCCACAACCGCGCCUGCCGCUGCCGGCCCGGCUUCUUCGCGCACGCCGGCUUCUGCCUGGAGCACGAGCCCUGCCCGCCCGGCAGCGGCGUCACCGUCCCCGGCACCCCGAGCCAGAACACGCAGUGCCAGCCGUGCGGCCCCGGCACCUUCUCGGCCCGCAGCUCCAGCUCGGAGCGCUGCCAGCCGCACCGCAACUGCUCGGCCCUGGGCCUCGCCCUCAACGUGCCCGGCUCCCCUUCCCACGACGCCCUGUGUACCAGCUGCGUGGGCUUCCCGCUCAGCACCGCAGAGCCCGGGGCGCCAGGGGCCGAGGAGUGCGAGCGCGCCCUCAUCGACUUCGUGGCGUUCCAGGACUUGUCCUUCAAGAGGUUCCUGCGGCUGUGGCACGCGCUGGCGGGCCCUGAGGCCCCAGGGCCGGUGCCACCGAGGGAGGGCCGCGUGGAGCUGCAGCUGAAGCUGCGGCAGCAGCUCCUGGAGCUCCGCGAGGCCCGGGCCGGGGCGCUGGCGGGGCGGCUGCUGCGGGCGCUGCGGGAGGCCAGGCUGCCGGGGCUGGAGCGCAGCGUCCGCGCACGCUUCUGGGCGCACUGAGCACCCCGCCCCACGCGGGCCUCACCCCGGCACCGAAGGAACCUUGGCUGACCCACCGGGCUCCUGUUGCGCUAACAAAGUUUAUUUUUAUAAAGCUGUUUUGCGAAA